CACAUGUAUAGGUAGCCUUCAGUAAACAGACUUUUCCACAUACAACACCAUACCUUUCUAAGCAGAAGACGCUAGUAUGGCCGCGCUAAGUAAUGUAACCCGGAAUUCUAAAGUGCUAAUCCAAGUGAUUGGGAAGAGUCGCACAUUUUCCUGUACAGCAGUACAGCAUGGAUCGGGGAAACGCGUGGGCUUUAUUGGGCUUGGAAAUAUGGGCGGACCUAUGGCCUUGAAUUUAUUAAAUAAGGGCAACUCGGUAACUGUGUUUGAUGUUUAUCCUGAAGCUAUGUCAAAAUUGCAAGAUGCAGGUGCGACAAUUGGACAUAGCCCUGCAGAAGUGGCAGAAAAAUCUGAUACAAUUAUAACCAUGUUACCAAACAGUAGUCAUGUACAAGAAGCAUAUGCAGGAGAGAAUGGUGUUUUCCAGACAGCAAAGCCAGGUUCUUUGUUGAUUGAUAGCAGCACUAUAGACCCUAGUGUAUCCAAAGAAAUGGCAAGUCUAGCUGAAAAGAAAGCCAUGACGUUUAUUGAUGCACCAGUUUCUGGAGGAGUGAUGGCUGCCAAAGCAGGAACAUUGACUUUCAUGGUUGGAGGGCCAGAAAAAGAGUUUCCUAAUGCCAAAUCAGUUCUAGUAAAUGUUGGUAAAAAUAUUGUAUAUUGCGGACCAGUAGGAUCUGGACAGGCUGCUAAAAUUUGUAAUAACAUGUUGUUGGCCAUCAACAUGGUUGGAACAGCUGAAGCAAUGAAUCUUGGUGUCAGAUUGGGAUUGGAUCCGAAAUUGCUUAGCAAUAUUAUCAACACAAGUUCAGGUCGUUCGUGGUCUAGUGAAAUAUACAACCCUGUGCCUGGUGUACUACCCAAUGUCCCGGCAUCGAACAACUAUGAAGGAGGAUUUGGAACAGCCCUAAUGAUGAAGGAUCUUGGGCUUGCUCAGAGCUCUGCUACUCGUUCCAACUCCGCCAUACCACUUGGAUCGCUAGCUCAUCAAUUAUACCGGCUAAUGAGUGUACGAGGUUACGCUAAAAAAGAUUUCUCGUCAAUUUACCAGUUCCUUCAAAAAUCAGAAAAUAGUAAUUAGUAAUGAAAGAAACCAGAAAAGGAGAUUGAAUCUAUUAAAGCUUUAAAGUCCCGCACGACCCAUAUAACAUCAUAGGAUUUGAGUCAUAAGUUGGUGAAUUAUUAAAUAAAAUGUAUGUGUAGCCCCGUUCUUAAAAAAA